AAAACUUCUGCAUUCAAGAUGAAAGAUGUGCUCGGGUUUCUCAAGCAGCAGCAGAGCCAGAGCCCGACGCCGGAGAUCGCCGCAGAAUGGCACUCGCUGGAGGAUUUCUACAACAGAAAAUUAUGGCAUCAGUUGACUCUGAAGUUGACAGUCUUUGUACAGGACCCCUAUUUCGCCAAAGGGGAUGGUCUCAUUCAGCUCUACGAAAACUUCCUCUGUGAUUUCGAACACAGAAUCAACCCAUUGUCCUUAGUAGAAAUCAUCCUUCAUGUUGCAAGGCAAAUGCAAGAUCCGAAUACAGCCAUCACCUUCCUGGAGAAAACAAAGGAGAAGGUUAAAGCGAGUGAUGAAGCUGUUAUUCUCUGCAAAACGUCCAUUGGCAGCCUCAAACUCGACAUCAGCGAUCUCCCGGCAACAAAGAAAUUAAUAGAAGAAGUGGAAGAGAUGCUGAACAAUCUCCCGGGUGUGACGUCAGUGCACGGUCGAUUUUACGACCUGUCCAGCAAGUAUUACCGCAUCAUUGGGAACCACGCUUUAUACUACAAGGACGCCCUGCGAUACCUGGGCUGUGUGGAAGCUAAAGACUUGCCAGAAGCAGAGCAGCAGGAGAGAGCUUUCACGUUAGGUCUGGCUGGUCUGCUCGGGGAAGGAGUUUAUAACUUUGGCGAACUGCUGAUGCACCCGGUGCUGGAGUCACUCAGAAACACAGAUAAACAGUGGCUGAUCGACACACUCUUCGCAUUCAAUGCCGGCAAUGUGGAGAAAUUUCAAGCCCUCAAGACGGCGUGGGGCCAACAGCCCGAUCUCGCAGCUCAAGAGGCCAAACUCAUGCAGAAGAUCCAGUUACUGUGUGUCAUGGAGAUGACCUUCACUCGGCCGGCCAAUAACAGACAGCUGAGUUUCCAGGAAAUCGCACAGAGCGCCAAAAUCCAAGUCAACGAGGUGGAGCUACUGGUGAUGAAGGCUCUUUCUGUGGGACUGAUUAAGGGAAGUAUCGACGAGGUUGAGAAGAAGGUUCACAUGACUUGGGUUCAGCCCCGAGUGCUGGACGUACAGCAGAUUAAGGGCAUGAAGGACCGUCUGGACUUCUGGUGUGGAGACGUGAAGAACAUGGCAGUGUUGGUGGAGCAGCGGGCGCAGGACAUCCUCACCUAAACAAACACAGCUGACCUUCCAAGAGUCCCUCACUUCUUCUCUGUGUAUCUGCAUUCUGUCAUUAAAGUUCCUCGUUUUCACAAUCA